CAUUCCCGGCCACCCGCCGACCGCCCAGCACAUACACAGCACACGCCCUCGCUCACACUCACACCCGUGCCGGCCAUACCACACCCAACCAACCUGUCUGCCUAUUCCUCGAAUCACGUGAUCCCUCCCCAACGACGAGAGGUCGUGAAAAAAUAUUCCUCGCGAGCGCCUUCGUCCCAAGAUCCGCCUAUCUCCCCGCCGUCGCGCCCUCAACGUGGUUGGCGUAGUCUGCAUAGACUUCAGCCGCCAUCCUCGACCAUUUCGACCGUGGCGCCCAUCCAUCUCCUACAACGACGCGACGGUCCCCUCGACCACGGCCGAGGCGGAUCCUGGGGCAUGAAUAAUAACCCGACUGAAUACACCCCUCUCGAAGCCUUUGCCCUAUUCCAAGAGCUCAGCAGGACUUUCCAGAAUGGUCUGGCCCACAACACCUUCCAUCAUAUCUCGGAGCAACUGAAGAGCACGCCCUUGAUAUACGAGCAGGAUCAAUAUGACGCCGGCCGGUUGAGCCCCGAAUCCCUCCAGAGCUUCGCCCUGAGGUUGCUGCGGGAGGAACGGAAACGCGAAGCCGACGCUGCCGUGGAGAGGAACAGCGCCGGCCUGUCGCCGACCUCGAGGAAGAGGAAGCUUCCGAGCCCUCCUCUGCCCACGGUCAGGGAUGCCUACGACCAGAGGGAAAAGCUUCCGACCUUGGUGGAGAGGCUCUACGUGCGAUUUCGGGAGAGCCUGAUCAGAGAGAUCAGGGAAGACGAGCGACGAUUCGACCAACUUCAGCGCGAGCUAGCCGAGAUAGAGCGCGGCGAAUGGGAUGGCACGCUCGGUCUUGAACAACGCUUGGAGACGGGCAGGAAUGGGCUUCCAGUUGUCAACCACGUAGUGCCUACUCGGCCAGAGCCUUCGAGACCAGAGAUUCAACCAGCGCCGACUCCAGUUCCAACGCCGGCGCCCACAUCCGUCCCACCUCCAGUGCCGACGUCUCCAGCAGUCCCAGUUCCAUCGCCACACCCAGUUCCGUCUCCGACUAUCCACGAACACACAAGACGACUCGAGACGUCACGUCCACCUCAGCCGUUGCAGGAAAGGAAGCCCAUACACCGAGUCCCUUCACCGUUACCACCGGCCACUCGACCUCCUAGCGAAGCUCGUCAACUCACUCCUGAUGCCCGGCCCCAAGAGCCUACCCGUCCAACGGGUAGCACAACUCCGGUUCUGCAACACCCGCAGGCUAUCCAAGGAUACCAUAGCCGUCCCAGUUCUGCCACGCCACAACCACCUACUGCGGAUAGCUUACAACGGCCCGAAGGUGUGCCAAAAGGAAGAAGCCCAGCGCCGAUACAGCCAAAUCAACCUCAAACUCCCGCCCUGAAAUGGGAACCUCCAUACCAACCUAAUCAGCUUCCUCACCAACAUCCUCAUCAACCACCUCAUCAGCUUCUACAUCAGCUCCCACAUCAACCAGCUCAACCGCCCCCUCAGUCUCAUCAACACCCCCAUCAACUGUCUAAUCCGCCAACUCAUCCGCCGACUCAUCCGCCAGCUCACCCACCCGCUCACCUACCAACUCCUCAGCCACCCCAUCAACCGCCUCACCAACCGCCUCACCAACCGCCUCACCAACCACCUCAUCAGCUUCAUCAACCAUCUCACCAGUCUCCGCCGCCACAAACGCAGCAUCAACCGCCUCAUCAAACACCUGUCCCAUCGCCCCGCCUUCCAUACAACGCGGGAGUUGCCAAACCUCCGACAUACUCCCCUCAAAAUCAGCCCGGCCAUCCUCAGUUUCCCUCUAGCUAUGUGAGUCCCAGGCAGCCCGCCGGUCACCAUACCCAGCAACCCCGACACCCGGUACAGGGAUCCGGGGCGACGGCUCCAGUGCUAUUGCCUCCUCAGAAUGGCCAGAUACCCCCUUCUCUGCCGUCACUGCCCUUAAAUGCAACACCCGACGGCGCCGGACAGCAAGUAACGCAUCGACAUUCGGUCCCUACUCUCCCAGCAAGCUCGCCAGGCCCUAAUGUGGGGCCCAGCUCCUAUCCACAGCAUCAGGCUCAGAAUACGCACGUCCAGACGCCUGUUCGUCCCCCCGUUGCCUUAUCGGCAUCUCAGCCCGCCGUCAGUCCCACAAAGCCGCCCGUGCCUCCAGCACAAUGGACGCAAGCGCCCGGCCCGGCCCGUCCUUCUUAUCCUCCACAGACUCCAGUGAAGCCUACACCCCAAGCGACACCCCAAGCCUCACCAGCGCCCCAACACGGUCAGGUACAAGGAGCACCGAGAUCUCAUAGUGCUCCAUACAACCAACAUGCUCAACCGGCAGGCCCCACCGAUCCGGCUCAUCGCCCACAUGCCCCUCCCUUGCAGACUCCGGUCGUGGUAUCGCAGGCUACACGGCUACCGCCGGUACCGCAUCCACAAACAUCAACUGCCAAUAUUUCAUCGCAUGUUAUCAGGGGAAAUGGCACCAAGUGGAUCGCAACACCGACACCUGCAACGCCUAGAGUGGACGACGUGACCGGCUAUUUCGAUAUCCAGAGCCCGGCUACCGAACCAAUGAGUCCUACCCUUCCACCAGCUCAACCACCAAAGGCCUCUCUCGACCACGUCGAGAAGAAGGAUGCACGAAAGGCCAUGCCACAGCCUAACGCUUCAGCCCCGCGACCCAGAGGACGGCCACCUCGCAUUGCACAGAAGAUUAUAACGCCUUCGGUGCAGCCGGAAGAGGUUCCGGUAGAGUCAGACCUCUCAGCGAACCACGUGAAGAAUGAAGAGGUAACUCCUCGGGCGCUCGAAGAUAUCGGCGACACGGCAGACACAACGACAGCUGAUGAAGACGUGUCAACCCUGCCCUCCAACAAACGGAAGCGUCAGGAUACGCCUCUAACCCGGGCGCCUCCAGCACCGGCAACUCAUGUUUUAUGGACUCGAUCAUUUAAUAAAAUCAGCCAGUCCGCACUCGACCAAAUCAUCAGCCACCGUCACGCCAACAUGUUCGCGCAUCCAGUGAAGCCGAGAACAGCACCGGGGUAUUUUGAAAUCGUGCUCCGGCCGCAGGACCUUAAGGGCAUCCAGAAGGCUAUCACGGCAGGAUCCAAGGCGGCGGCGGCGGCAGUAGCGACAAUGUCAGAUAUCGAAUCGAACGCUACCAACAUCUGGUUACCGAUGUCGGUGGAUCUAGUCCCGCCGAGGGGUAUAAUCAAUAUCGCGCAGCUAGAGAGGGAGCUGGUACACAUGUUCGCGAAUGCCAUCAUGUAUAACCCGGAUCCGUAUCGUGGCUUUGGACCGUCGUUCCUACGGUCGAAUCGGCAGGCCGGCCUGGGAGGCGAUGGUGAAGACUACAGGGGCUACGAGGUGGACGAAAAUGGCGUUGUCAAGGAUACGCGUAGUAUGUUUGGCGAAGUAGAGAAGCUACUAAGCGACCUCCGUAACGAGGUGGAGCGCAAUGCGCCGCCGCCAACUGGCAUACCAGCCACGUCCAGCCGUAGCAUGAGCAUAGCGGGCGUCGAGGCAAACAACACCGGAGAGGACGACGGCGACGACCAGGUAGCGGAGGCGAAGAGGCGAAGGAUCAGAGGCUAGCGUGACAUAUCACGGGCGGUGUAUCCAAUCGAAUGUCAACCGGGGGCGAAGGGAGUAUAGGGAUCAUUUGAUUGUAUAUCGUGAAGCACUAGAAAUAUACCACUUCAUAGCCUAGUCGCUUUUGGGGGGAGGGAAGAUGGAUGACCAUAGUAACAAAGACAACCCGGUUGGUCGUAAAGCAUUGCCAAAAUUUUGGACUAGCACUGAAGUUAUUUAGGUAUGGAUCGGAGGUGGCUUUGUAUAUAGACGGCAUCAUUCUCUGUAGGAUAGAUAAUACCUUAGGACUACAGCCUAUGAGUAGAUGAUGCCCCUUUUCA